AUGUCGCCCGGGGGUAAAGAAGUCAGAGAACAGUACCGCAAGAAGAAGUUCGAGGAGGAGCAGAAGGCCAAUCAGCGGCGGUUGGUGCAAAAGGAGAAAGAGGCCGAGAUCCAAUCGGCUGCGGAGAAGAAGAAACAGGACUUGGAGCGGCUGCAACGCCUCCGGGAGCAGAACAUCCUCCGCAAGGACCGGGCGAGCGAGCCGAGCCGUCGCUUGCGCGGGAGCCGGCGAAGAGUACCACAAACGUGGUACCCGUGGAGGAGCCGCAAGUGGGAGCUCCAGGAGGACGUGAUCGACGAGGUCCAGCAGCGUUUUGGGUUUACACCACCCAAGUUGCAGUGGGAACAGGGAUCAGAGGUGCAGCUUGCUGCCCUUCGGGCCUGGAACCGGGACGUCACCGAGCAGCGCUGGGAGGAGCUUCACAGGUGCAAAUCCAGUGCCUGCCACUCCCUCGUCUCCGACUCCCUCUACACCACCUCAGCAGCAGCAGGCUUGGUUGUCUGCUCCGGCUUUGCCUACAGCGAGGACCGCAGCCCAAGGCGCGGUGACUGGUACAGCUCCGAGGAGAAGGACAUCUACGACCUCCCCACGGUCUCGCUCUCGGUCAAGAACUCCGACACCGAUCCAGGAGGCCACAGCCCUCGGCGCGGCAGGCGAGUCGAGCAGUCGGGAGCCUUCGGGAACCCGCAGAACUCCUCGCCCGACGACCAGUCGAUCCCCGCGUGGCAGAUCGAGGAGAGCUCGGCCUAUCCGACGGUCCGCAUCGACGUGGACACUGCAGAGGGCAGCCCUCCGGCGCUCCACGGGCAUUUGCAGGCCGAGCCCGCUCACGUCUACCGCAACGAACUGCCAACGGACGUGUGGCUCCGCCCCGAGGCCUACGGGGAAAGGUCUAGUUCCUCGACCCCAAACUACGGGAACGCGGAGGUCUACCACCUGGAAGACUACUCCGACGGGGACACGGUGCACAACACAACCUACAGUGCCGGCCUCACCUUCGGCCCCUGCUACGAAAGCCACAGUAAAGUGCGGACCGCGGCCAGCGGCGCGGGGGACAGUUGCAGCAUUUUUGGCAAGCAGUCGCGGACGUGUUUUGAGCAAAGCAAGAUCUUCUUCGCCCCCACGCUUAGCGGCACCGCCAGCCAGAAAGGUUGCCACCAAAAGGGCAGGGAGCAGCCUUUGGCGCUCCAGACCCACCUUGGCGACAACCGCCAAAGCGAGAGCCACCGAAGCCUCCUCCACCAAGGCGAGAAAGCCACGGGAUCCCAGAUCCCCUACCUCGGACAACCCUUGCGGACCGGAAGACGCUCAACAUCGUCCUGGACUGGCACGGGGUGCUCGACGUGA